AUGGAGGAGGAUGAGGAAGAUAAUCUUAAACGUAUUUGUGGAGAGAAAAUUGUCAAGAAAGAGGGUAAUGUUGGAGGCACCCAUGACUUUUAUAUUCCUGCUAAUUUUUUUGUGCUGUUGGAUGAUGAUGAUAGAUUUCUUGGAUUUAAGAAUGUCUACUCGAUCGCUUCCGCAUUCAAUAAUAACUCAUCACUAACAUAUAAACUUUAG